AUGAAAGUAUACGAGAACCUAGGGACUUAUGCUGCUCUUAUCGACAUUUCUUACUGCAUAGAUACAUAUCAUCAGAUUGAAGAGCCCUUUCAAUGCGAUCUCUGUGGAUCUUUCGAAUCAAACAUGUCAUUGGUGAGUCAAUGGUAUUUUGAUGACUCUGUCUGUGGAUAUAUCUCUACGACUUUUUGGAAUAUCUUUGACUACGAUGACUCAGGAAAUUCCGUGAAUAGAAAAACAAUCAUUGUCUCUCUUCGAGGAACGCGAUCUCUUCACGAUACAAUCACAGAUCUUAAAGUAGAUUUGGUGAAGUACGAGAACAUAGGUCAGAAUUUGUUGCUUUGUGGACCUGACUGCCGAGUCCACGAGGGGUUCUGGCGAUACUACAAAAGCACAUUGGAAGUGAUGGAAAGUAAGCUUAAGUCGGAGAUCGAGAUGUCCUUUCUGAAUUAUGAAAUUAUCUUUAUUGGCCAUUCUCUUGGAGGUUCCGUUGCAUUGCUACUUGCCAUUCACUUUCUCGAUAUGGGGUUUUCGAACUUAACCUUGGUCACCAUGGGACAGCCCCUCAUAGGGAACAAAGAGUUUACCACGUGGGCCGACGAAGUUUUGGGAAGCUCCUUUCCAGUGGCCCACAAUUCAUAUGCCCGAAAAUACAUCCGCGUUAUACGGAAGGGUGACAUCGUGACUACGGUGCCUCGGAGUGGUUUACUAUUCGAGAGAUACUGCUCCUUCGAAAAUCAAAUCUAUAUUAAUGCGACUGCGGACACAGUUAUCCCGAGUCCUGAGGAGGUUGUGGACUGUUUUUCUGGUGAGAAUCCCACUUGUAUAGCCAGGGACUUUGCUUUGCCAUUUGCACCGCUUACCGACUUCUACCAUAAUCACAACACGUACUUCCGCCAUAUGGGUUUGUGUGGCAUUCAUAUCUGA